AUGGCCGCGCACCGUGCCUAUGUUUACCAAGCACAAGGGCAGACACCCGUGAUCGAGAACCUGCCCACACCAACACCAGGGACAGAUGAGGUUGUCAUCUCGGUCAAGGCAGUCGCCUUGAAUCCACUCGACAACUAUAUGCUCGACUUCGGCGCUUUCAUUGGCCAGUGGCCUGCAAUCGCAGGUUCCGAUGUUGCAGGCGUGAUUGAGAAUGUGGGCUCAGCGUCUUCAAACGCUACCCUGGGCACUCUAAAGCCUGGUGUUCGCGUCCUCGCCAUGACAGAGGCAUUUAGCAAGCUUGGAAAGCUACCGUAUGGAGGCUUCCAGGAGAAGCUCAUCGUGCACAUCAGCAAGGUCACGCCAAUUCCGGAAUCUUUGACGUUUGCGGAUGCUGCCAUCGUUCCCAUCGGCCUAUGGACAACGUGGCUCGCCCUACAGGUCAUCGGGAUCAAACCAGAAACGAGAUAUACCUCUUCAGACAACAAAGGAUUUCUUGUCUGGGGUGCAUCAAGCAGCAUUGGCAGUGCCGGCAUGCAGGUCGCACGAUCCUUGGGCUACCAAGUCUACGCGGCCGCAUCGACGCAGCACCACGAAUACCUCAAGUCUCUGGGCGCAAACGUGGUAAUAGACUACGCCGACUCCACCACGGCAGUGGAAUCGAUCAUCUCGGCUGCGAAGAAACAAGGCGUCACCAUCACCGAGGCAUUCCACGCCAUCGGCGAUUUGAAACCCGUUCUCGAGAUCGUGGCGGCGUUCGGAGGCGGGAAGGUCGCGACAGCUCAACCGCCCAACGAGAGCACUCCGCAAGUCGAGAGUGUGCAAUGGUCAUUCGUCAAACCCGACGACGAUGAAGACGCACGGAACAAAUACGACGCGUUUAUCUUCAAUCGCUGGCUUCCACAGGCACUACUGGAUGGAACUUAUAAGCCCUCGCCUAAGACCAAUGUCGUUGGUAAGGGACUGGAGAGCCUGGGCGAUGCAUUGAAGACCUUGAAGAAUGGUGCGCGUGGAGAGAAAUUUGUGGUCGAGUUUUAG